CUUAUGACGGACGGGCGGAUAGUAAGCAAUACAGGAAAAGCAAACGCAAUAAAGAAAAUCAUUUAUUUUAUUUUUAAUUUAUUUUACUAGCUUCUUUGGAAUUUCGUUUCUUAUUCUUCUUCAGAUUUACUCUUUUUAUGACACCCGUAUGACUCCAUACCUACGGCCCCAUAAGGCUCAAACAGAAGGCGCUCUAAAACGUGUCAUCCCAUCCAGGAGUAUUGCGCAUGCGUACAUGCCUACUACAACUUGAUUUUCGUGUAUAGCAGCACUCACUCAUCUCACUUCACCCUGAAGGUUGCAGUCUUCUGGUCGUUGUUACUCCAUACGGACUCCCCUGUGCCCAUCCUUUUGCCCAGAUAUUCCCCGGUGGCGGCCAAGCGUUCAUCAGCAGUUACAUGGAGUUUUAAGAGACACCGAUUUAUACCUGUGUAAGGAAGGGACUGCAUUUCGCUGUAGUCAGCAUAAACGUUGUAUAGAAUUUUGGCUGUAAAAUGCAGUUAAAUUAAUAUUCUCAGGGGUGUUGCAAUGAAUCAUUGAAUGAAAUCAUUGAAAGUUUGUAACUAGUAUUUAUAUAGUUUUGUUCUUAGUUUAAUGCUGCUUUCAUUGUAGUUUUGCUGAAGACAACCAUGAUUUUUUUUUUAAUUGUGUCUCUUAUGCUGUGAGUGCUGGAGUUGGGCGUGACCUUUCCAGUGGGCAGGGCCAGCAUGGUGGGUUUUCAGGUGCGCAGGUACAGGGCCGGGGAUGCCGAGGCGGUGAAGGAGGUCUUCACCGCGAGCAUGAGCGAGCACGUGCCGUCCGGCUUCCUGCACAUGCUCAGACAGCCUCUGGCCCAGGUGCUCCUCGCUGGUGUCGCCUGUGCCCUAUUGACGGCUUCUAGGUCUCCAGUCCUGCCUGCUCUGGCUCUGGCGCUGCUCCUGGUCGGGGGUCGAUGGCUGGCGGGCUACAUCUUCAGCCGCUACAUCGAGGUCUGCCUGAAGAAGGACCUCGGCCACGUCCAGGAGGCCUACAUGGAGCGUGAGGACUGCUGCUUCUGGGUGGCGGAGAGUGAGGACCGUGUGGUGGCCACUGUGGCCUGCCUUCCCGCCAGGAAUCAGGCAGGUUGCCUGGAACUGAAACGCAUGGCCGUCCGGAGGAGCCACCGCGGUCUGGGCAUCGCCAAGGCCCUCUGCCGUACCGUGGCCGAUUUCGCCCGCCAGAAGGGUUACCGGACCGUCCUCCUCUACACCUCCGUGGUCCAGAAGGAGGCGCAGAGUUUGUACGAGAGUUUGGGCUACAGCAGAAUCGGCGAGGUCGUCAUUCCAGAGACUGUGGCCAGGCUCUUGAACUUCACUCUUAUAGAGUACAGAUACGAACUUCUGGGUCGGGUUGACGGAAAAAGAAAAUUUGCUGGUACUGAUGGCUAAUUUGCCAACUUGUUCCACUCUCACACCAAACACUAUGGUUCAUGUCUGGUAAAUGCCUCAGGUUGGUGACGAAGGCAGAUUUUGCUGAGAACAUUGUGAAAUUGAUCUCAUUGAGAUCGUUUGAAUAUAUUUCAUUGUAAGCUGUUCAGUGGUCUUCUGAGGGGUAAGCUGUUAAGGCUGGGGGCUUUUCAAACCAUAUUUAAUGCACAGUGCGUGUGUUCAGUCGAGGUUCAUACGGCUGAUAUUUUACUUGCAUUUUCCAGCCUCUUAUCCAGUAUGAGGUCACAGAGUCUGUUAAACUUAUUUUACUUAAUGACUUUUUCAACAUUGUUACCCAAGUAGUAAAUAGGUACUUGGGAAUAGACCGAAAAGGAACAGAUUAAAUCCUAUUACACAUGAUAUUAUUACAGUAAAAAUAAAAAUGAAUGGAGUGACGGACCAAUUAUUAAAUUCAGAAGUGAUUUUCAUUCUCUGUUCAAUACUUAGUUUAGAUCUUUCUAGGAAAUGUCUUAAAUUUUAAUAUCAGUAAAAUAAUAUUUUGGGGGUUUAUAAUUUCAUGUUAAAAGUCACCCAGACUUUGCAAUGUAAAACUGUGCAUUUUGUCAGCAUAAUCUGGAACUAGCCAAAAGGAGUAAUGGCGGCGGGUCCGGGGUUAUUAACGGAGGUGCGGCGGCCAAAGUAAACACCUCAUGCAGCAGAGUAACAGGUCGUUGAGGAAUGUCAGGAAUUUACCAUGUUCUUAAGGAAUUGGCACAUGCAACCUUGAAUGGAACCAGAGGCUCUGUCCCAACAGUUAAAUGCUAUGGAUGCACCAUGAGUGCAUUUCAAAUUGGGAAUUCAAUUCCCAAUGGGCUCUGAUUCUCUUUGGGCUUCCUGCUGAUGGACGUUUCCUCCCAAAUGCGUGCAAGUUAGACAAACUGGUGUCUCUAAUGGCCUCCCAUCGAUCCACUGGUGUCCCUUGACUUGUGCCGCACUCCUCCUGACUGGGACCAGGCUCACCGUGACUCUGUACCGGCUAAAUGGCUGUCAAAGAUAAAGAUGAAGAUCACUUUGGA